AUGGCGGCUCGCUUGUUAUUGGGUGUUCUUUGUCUCCUUCUUUAUCUUCCUCCAAACUUAGUAUCAGUCGCCGGUAAUAAGAUUCCGAAGCUUCCACCACCGUCGCAUGGGAAAAUUGUUACCAUUCUCAGUAUUGAUGGAGGUGGUCUCAGAGGCCUCAUCCCUGCCGUCAUUCUCCGACGCCUUGAAGCUCAUCUUCAGGAAAUAGGCAAGAACGAGGAAUUAAGGAUCGCAGACUUUUUUGAUGUAAUCGCUGGAACCAGCACCGGAGGACUAAUUGCUGAAAUGCUGACAGCUCCAGACUCAAACCAGCGACCUUUGUUCGAUGCUUCUCAAAUUGUUCAGUUCUACAAAGAUGAAGCUGCCAACAUUUUCCCCCCACUUACACCCCCAAAUCUGUUGAAGCCCAAGUACAGUAACGCUUACUUGCGUUAUGUUACGCAAAAGAUGUUGAAUCAAACAAGACUGAAUGAUACUUUGACGAAUGUUGUGAUUACAGCUUUCGACAUGAAGCAACUUUCACCUACGCUAUUCUCAAAUUAUAAGUUGGACGAAGUGCCGCAAUUGAAUGCUUUGCUCUCAGAUAUUGCUGUAGCCACUUCAGCUGCACCAACGUAUCUCCCUCCAUACCUCUUUGAGAAUGCUGGCCAACAGUUUCAUAUGAUCGAUGGUGGAGUCAUCGCAAUUAAUCCGGGUGUGGUUGCUUUAAGUGAAGUGACGAUAAAGAAGAGGAAAAAUCCAGAGAUGUUCCCCAUGAUGAAGAACCCAAAUGAUUACACAAAAUUCCUGUUGCUUUCAUUGGGCUGUGGAGAAGCUGCCGUGAAGAAUGAGUACAGUGCCGAAUUUGCAGAAUCAUGGGGAGCUAUGAAAUAUAUUUUCAAUCUGAAGACUUCUGCCAGUCCCUUAAUAGAUUUUAUGUUUGAUGGAAACAUGGACAUGUCUGAGUAUCACCUCGCUUCUCUUUUCCAAGGCCUCAACGAGGAGGACAAUUACCUUCGAAUUCAGGAUCAUUCAUUAACACAAGAGAUGGCUCAAAUGGACAACUCUAAACUAGAGAAUUUGCUGAAUCUUGAAAACUUCGCAGAGAAUCUGUUAAGGAAUGUGACUAAGAGAUGGAACGUCAACACUUUCAGGCUUGAGGAAGUUCCCAACAAGGUUACAAAUGAAGUGAAUCUCAAAAGGGUGGCAAAGAUUCUGUACGAAGAGAGAAAGAGGCGUUUGCAUAAGAUGACGAACCGGAAGAUUCAAUCAAGAGUUUGA